AUGAGGUUUAACAUCGAUGAUCUGCCCGUUCUCUUCCCGUACCCUCGCAUCUAUCCCGAGCAAUAUGCCUACAUGUGUGAUCUAAAAAAAACCCUCGAUGCUGGUGGUCACUCGGUCUUGGAGAUGCCCUCGGGCACCGGCAAGACCGUCUCGCUGCUGUCGCUCAUCGUUGCCUACCAACAGUAUUAUCCAGAGAGUCGGAAGCUGAUAUACUGCUCCCGUACUAUGUCCGAGAUCGAGAAGGCACUGGCCGAAUUGAAGGCUCUGAUGAAGUACCGCACCGAGCAGCUGGGCUAUGAGGAGGAGUUCAGGGCAGUCGGCUUGUCAAGUCGGAAGAACCUUUGUCUCCACCCCUCGGUCAAGCGUGAGAAGAGCGGCGCCGUCGUCGACGCCCGGUGCCGCAGCUUGACCGCGGGCUUUGUCAAGGAGAAGAAGGAACGUGGUGAAGAUGUGGACCUUUGCGUCUAUCAUGAUAAUCUGGACCUUCUCGAGGCCCACAACCUGAUACCGAAUGGCGUCUGGACAUUUGAGGGCCUCCUCCGCUAUGGCGAGCAACACAAGCAAUGCCCCUAUUUCACAGCUCGUCGCAUGAUGCAAUUUUGCAACGUCAUCAUCUACUCGUAUCACUAUCUGUUGGAUCCCAAGAUUGCCGAGCGCGUCUCAAAGGACCUGUCCAAGGACUGUAUUGUCGUGUUUGACGAGGCCCACAACAUCGACAACGUCUGCAUCGAAUCCCUCAGCACUGACAUCACCGAGGACUCGCUGAGGAAGGCUACGCGCGGAGCGCAGAACCUCGAGAGGAAGAUCACCGAGAUGCGAGAGACCGAUCAGAAGGCGCUCGAGAACGAGUAUGAGAAGCUUGUAAAAGGCUUGAGGGAUGCGGACGAGGCCCGCGACGAAGGCUCCCUUAUGGCGAACCCGGUGCUUCCAGAGGACUUGCUCAAGGAGGCGGUCCCGGGAAACAUUAGGAGGGCGGAGCACUUUGUGGCAUUCUUGAAGCGCUUCAUCGAAUACCUCAAGACACGCAUGAAGGUCCGGCAAGUCAUCUCGGAAACGCCGCCUUCCUUCCUGUCACACCUCAAGGAGUACACUUUCAUCGAGAAGAAGCCACUGAGGUUCUGUGCCGAACGUCUGACAUCCCUGGUGCGGACGCUCGAGCUCACCAACAUCGAGGACUAUCAACCUCUGCAGGAGGUGGCCACAUUUGCGACCUUGGUCGCCACUUACGAGAAGGGAUUCCUCCUCAUUCUAGAGCCGUACGAGUCUGACACGGCUGAAGUGCCCAAUCCCAUCCUCCACUUCACGUGCCUGGACGCAGCCAUCGCUAUCAAGCCGGUCUUUGAGCGCUUUUCCUCUGUCAUCAUCACAUCUGGCACCAUCUCGCCCCUUGAGAUAUACCCCAAAAUGCUCGGUUUCUCCACCGUGGUGCAAGAGUCCUACAGCAUGACCCUGGCGCGGAAGUCGUUCCUGCCCAUGAUCGUCACGCGUGGCAGCGACCAGGCUGCCAUUUCCACGAGCUUCCAAGUGCGCAACGAGCCGAGCGUAGUGCGCAACUACGGCAACCUCCUGACCGAAUUCGCAAAAAUCACGCCAGACGGCCUGGUCGUCUUCUUCCCUUCUUACCUGUACAUGGAGUCCAUCAUCAGCAUGUGGCAGGGCAUGGGAAUCCUCAACGAGGUGUGGAAGUACAAACUCAUUCUUGUUGAGACGCCCGAUGCUCAGGAGACCUCCCUGGCCCUCGAGACCUACCGGACCGCAUGCUGCAAUGGCCGUGGCGCCGUUUUACUUUGCGUCGCCCGAGGCAAAGUCUCGGAAGGGAUCGACUUCGACCACCAGUACGGACGCACUGUGCUGUGCGUUGGUGUCCCGUUCCAGUACACAGAAUCUCGUAUCCUCAAGGCACGUCUCGAGUUCCUCAGGGAGACGUACCGCAUACGCGAGAAUGACUUUCUUUCUUUCGACGCCAUGCGCCAUGCUGCUCAGUGUCUGGGACGAGUGCUCCGAGGCAAGGAUGAUUAUGGUAUCAUGGUUUUAGCAGACAGACGGUUUCAGAAGAAGCGCACGCAGCUCCCCAAGUGGAUCAACCAGGCGCUUCUCGGUGCUGAUAGUAAUCUGAGUACAGACAUGGCCGUCAGCAGCGCAAGACGGUUCCUGAGGGGCAUGGCCCAACCUUUCAGGGCAAAGGACCAGGAGGGUAUUAGUACGUGGAGCCUUGCCGACCUCAAAAAGCAUCAGGAGGACUUGGACGAGCAGCGUAUACAGGAACUACAGGACGCGCAGGCCAACGGGAACAGCGCGCUGCCUCGGGAUAUACGGGCGGAAGGCGAUUCCGACAACUAUAUGGAUGAUGACAUGGACGAUGGCAUGAUGGAGCUCGACAACGAGAUUUAA